GCCGAGGCAGCCUCCUCCGGAGCCCAGAGCUCGCCGGAGCCUCCCCGGCGCAGCAUCCCCGGGGCUGCGCUCGGCGGCGGGGGACGGGGCCCCGGGGAACCCCCCCGGGCUCUGCCCGAGGCAGGAACAAAAUUCCAGGCAGGGACCUCAGCCCGGACGUCCAGCUCCAUCCGUGGCUCCUCCAGCGCUCACUAGCAGCAGGGACACCCAGGACACCCCGCCGGAGGUGCCCCAUGGUGGCUCUCCCCGCUGAGGCUCCUCGGCCACCGCUGUCCCUGCGCCUCGGCUCGCCCUGCGGGCGCUUGGCAGGCAGCAGGGAGCAUGGGGAGGCUCUGCCGUGGCAUCGUCCCCCUCCUCGCGUGGUGCUUCGUCGCCUUCCAGGAAGCAGCCCAGGCGCAGAAGCAGCCCCGCAGCCACGCCGAGGAGCGCCUCUUCAAGCACCUCUUCACCGGCUACAACCGAUGGUCGCGGCCGGUGCCCAACACCUCCGACGUGGUCAUCGUGAAGUUCGGGCUCUCCAUCGCGCAGCUCAUCGACGUGGAUGAGAAGAACCAAAUGAUGACCACGAACGUCUGGCUGAAGCAGGAGUGGAGCGACUACAAGCUGCGCUGGAACCCGGCGGACUUCGACAACGUCACCUCCAUCCGGGUGCCCUCUGAGAUGAUCUGGAUCCCUGACAUCGUGCUCUAUAAUAACGCCGACGGGGAGUUCGCCGUGACCCACAUGACGAAGGCCCACCUCUUCUCCAACGGGAAGGUGAAGUGGGUGCCCCCCGCCAUCUACAAGAGCUCGUGCAGCAUCGACGUCACCUUCUUCCCCUUCGACCAGCAGAACUGCAAGAUGAAGUUCGGCUCCUGGACCUACGACAAGGCCAAGAUUGACCUGGAGAACAUGGAGCACCACGUGGACCUCAAGGACUACUGGGAGAGCGGCGAGUGGGCCAUCAUAAAUGCCAUCGGCACCUACAACUCCAAGAAGUACGACUGCUGCACCGAGAUCUACCCCGACAUCACCUUCUUCUUCGUCAUCCGCCGCCUCCCGCUCUUCUACACCAUCAACCUCAUCAUUCCCUGCCUGCUGAUCUCCUGCCUGACCGUGCUGGUCUUCUACCUGCCCUCCGACUGCGGGGAGAAGAUCACGCUCUGCAUCUCCGUCCUGCUCUCCCUCACCGUCUUCCUGCUGCUCAUCACCGAAAUCAUCCCCUCCACCUCGCUGGUCAUCCCCCUCAUCGGCGAGUACCUCCUCUUCACCAUGAUCUUCGUCACGCUCUCCAUCAUCAUCACCGUGUUCGUCCUCAACGUGCACCACCGCUCGCCCAGCACCCACACCAUGCCCCGCUGGGUGCGCGGCUUCUUCCUGGGCUUCAUCCCCCGCUGGCUCUUCAUGAAGCGCCCCCCGGCGCUGCCCCCCGCCGAGGGGGCCGCGGGCCAGUAUGACCCCCCGGGGACCAGGCUCAGCACCUCCCGCUGCUGGCUGGAGACCGAUGUGGAUGACAAGUGGGAGGAGGAGGAAGAGGAGGAGGAAGAAGAGGAGGAGGAGGAGGAGAAGGCGUACCCCGGCCGUGUGCCCCCUGCAGGCUCCCAUGCCCAGGGCACCCAGUGCCGCUACGGCUGCGGGCGCCAAGCGAGGAAGGCAUCGGGGGGCCCAGCCCCACGGGUGCCCCCCAAGGAAGAGGAGGUGGGCUCGGACCGGGGGCUGCUGCUGUCCCCCAGCAUCCUGAAGGCCCUGGAGGGGGUGCAGUACAUCGCAGACCACCUGCGAGCCGAGGAUGCUGACUUCUCGGUGAAGGAGGACUGGAAGUACGUGGCCAUGGUGAUCGACCGCAUCUUCCUCUGGAUGUUCAUCAUCGUCUGCCUGCUGGGCACCGUGGGGCUCUUCCUGCCGCCCUACCUGGCGGGGAUGAUCUAGGGGCUGGGGGCAAUGCAGGCUCGGCAGGAUGCGGCCAUGACCACAGAGGACCCUUGGGUGGGAAGUGCUGGGGAGGGGGGAGCAAAGUGUGUGCUGGGGGCGACCUGCGGGUUGUGGCGUGGGAUGGCUCCUGGCUGUCCUGCCCACGGGGGUCUGGGCCAUCCCGGCCUUGAGGAAGGCUCAGCACCACCUCUCCAUAGACUGAACACGGGCUGGAGGCACCUAGGAGAGGCACCUGCUUCCUUGAGCUGAUGCAAAUCCUACCUGGAACCCAGGGGAUACACCUGGUUGUGACUCCAAGGCACUGGGUAAGAAGAGAGGACUCCAGAGCCGCUUCUGGACGCAUCCUGACCGCAGGGUGCUCGGGACCGCGGGCUGGCACGGUCACCAAAACGUGGGGCAGGCGAUAGUGCUUCGGGUGGCUUGUGGGGAAGGGGAACGGCCGCGGGAGGGGACAGAGGGCCCUGCUCUGCCGAUCCCAGCCAGAGCAAGCAAUCACCACACACCAGCCCAGAUGUGUGCUUGGGUCUCAGGGCCACGGACCCUGGGGUGCUGCCUCGCUCCGAGGUGCUGGAUCUAUCAGCACGGGGGUCCCGCUCCCCCGGGGGCAACCCAAGCAAAUCGUCCUCUCCAACCCACUCCCGCAACCACCUGCAGACCCCAAAAUCCCUUGCUCUGAUGACUUCUGCAAUCCAGCUGUAAUUUCUAGCUUCCGUGUACCCCAAAGGGCCCGUGCUUAUAAGGGACCUAGUCUCUUCUGCGCCCUGGAACUGGGAUUUUCCCUGCAGUGCUUUCUCCUCCAGGAGCCCAGCCCAGGCACCGCGGUGCUGGAUGCCGUUUGAGAGGCUUCAGAAAACACUUUGUGCUGUCAGGAGUGAAAUGGGCUGGAAUAAAGCGUGCCGCCGA